CGCGCUGCAGCAUGCUAAAUCGACCAUGGUUUAUGUGGAGCCAUCAUAGAGCAAAUGAUAAAGUCUAUGUCUCUUGAUACUAGACCUGCUUUGUCUUCGUCUUUAGCACCCCGAUUCCAAAACCUCCUGUACUACCGUUUUUUUGUCUCAUAGUGUUCGUCUGGUCCUCCCCUGUUCGGAACUGGCAACUCGUUCUUUCGCCUUGUUAGCAACUGGCGAAACUCGUUGCACGGGCGCGUGAUUGCCCCGGCGCUUAAACCUGUCAUCACUCCCGUUGCUGCGUGCGGUUCUCUCGGCCUACACGCAUGUGCGGACAUACCGACCCUCGUAUGUCGGCGGGAGGAUUAGAUUAGCGGCAACAGCGCAGUGACUCCUGCUGUCGUCGCUUAGGGUGACUGGUGAUUAGAUUAGAGCAGAGCACCCGCCGCUGUUACAGUCGCCAGCCUCGCUGCUGUGCCACGAGUUCUCGGAGCACUCUCACUGAGACGCGUCUUAAAGCCCGUCAUCCGCGACACCACUGGUUAUAUCGCUGGUUACAUCACUGGUUACAGCGCUGGUUACAUCACUGGUUACAUCGCUGGUUACAUCAUCGGCUCCACUUCCCUAGCGUCCCCGCGUCUUAGCAGCGUCGCGGCGCUCCGUCCGAUCCGCGUCGCGCUUGCUACUUCUCUGACCCCGCUCGCGGGAGCACUUUGAGGGGGCCGUCGCUUGCCAAUCUUCUGAAAUAGUUAAGGACGUGGCGAAUUGCGCUCCCGUUCACGCACGCUCAAGGCACGAGGAAACGGGAACGGCGCGCGGAGACACACUUGCCUCUUAGUCUCUUAAUCUGCCCUAGAAAGAGGGGGGAUUCUGGCGUGUAGCGGGAGAGGAUCGCGAGGGUCGCGAGGGCCGGGGAUGACUGGCGGAGUCUACGGUUCGAAAGGGUCCGGGCGGGGGAUAUCGGCUCGGCACCGGGAGCGGUUGCGCGACGACGAGAGCGGGCGGGGCAGCAGGGGGAGCCAUGGCAGCCGCGGGGAGUCGAGCGGGGGGAGCAACAGCGGCGGAAAUGAGUCGUCUGUGAAUGGCGGGUCCAGCGCGUGGGCGAUAGAUUUUACAGAGGUCGAGUUAGGCGAGCUAGUAGCCACGGGUUCGUUUGGAGUGGUGCACAGAGGCGUGUAUCGCGGACAACAAAUAGCAGUCAAGUUCCUACUGUUCCCAGAAGCUAGUAGCGAGGAUGAAUUAAAUCGAGCCAAGAGGGGAUUCAGGCAGGAGGUUGCAGUGUGGCACAAGUUGCAACACCCAAACGUUGUGCAGUUCCUGGGGGCGUACAUCAACCCGCCCAAGUGGGCCAUAGUGACGGAGUUCCUAGAGGGCGGCACUGUGAAGGGCUUCCUCUCGCGCAUAGGCAAGCACCGCCUGCCGCUCAAGCAGAUCGUCUCCAUGGCGCUCGAUGUUGCACGGGGCAUGCAGUACCUGCACAGCCACAACGUGAUUCACAGGGACCUCAAGUCCGCCAAUCUGCUGCUGGCCGCGGACGCCAGUGUCAAGGUGGCGGACUUUGGGCUUGCGAGGACAGAGGCGCAGGAGCCGGGGAACAUGACGGCCGAGACAGGCACCAUCAGAUGGAUGGCGCCAGAGAUGAUCGACCACAAGCCGUACACGCGCAAGGUGGACGUGUACAGCUACGGCAUCGUGCUGUGGGAGAUCUGCACGGCGCAGUGGCCUUUUGAGGGGCUCUCCUUUGUGCAGUUGGCUCAUGCAAUUGUGGCCGAUGACCUACGGCCGCCCAUAAAGGACUGCCCGAGCCAGCUGACGAAGCUUAUCACGCGGUGCUGGGACCGGGACCCCGACGCGCGGCCGGACUUUGACGAGAUCGUGAAGACGCUCGAGGGCAUUGCGUCCAGCACGUCGCUCAGAUUCAGAUCCGACGGCCCUACAGUCCCCAUGAGGCCAGCGCCCACAGGAGCAGCAGCAAGACCAAACGGCAGCACACAAAGUGGAGCGGGAGGCGGAGGGGGAGGGGGAGGGGGGGGAGGAGGGGGAGGGGGAGGAGGGGGGGGAGGGGGGGGAGGGGGGGGAGCAGCAGCAGCAGCAGGAGGAGGAGGGGGGGGGAGGGGGGGUGAUGGCAGCGGCAGUCACGACGGCGUGGCGUCGCGGCACGGGCCUCGGGAAGAGCAACCAGCGGAGGGGCAGUGGACCAAGAUCCAGGUGCCGACGCCGCCGGAGAAAUCAAUGGGCUGUGCUUGCUCAAUACUCUGACCCUCGUGGUCCCUUGUUUUCUU